AUGGACGCCGUUAACAAAGUCGUCAAUGCAGCCACGGCUGCUCUCUGGGGUGACGGCAGCACAGCCCAACAGCAGACCACACCACACGGCGAAGAGCCUAUCGCCGGUGUCCAAGGCAAGGGUAACUUCAACGACCCAUUCGACGCCGGUAACCGCGAAGAACAACCUCAAGCACCACCAUCAGACGGAAACACCGCUCAACAAGAGCCGCGUCUAGACGGCGCAAAGACAGAUCCAACCCGCAAGGAUCUAAUCGCGGAUAUAAAGACCGACAACGACGUCGAUCAAGAGAAAACUAGCCCCACCGCACCAAUCCUCGCACCAUCGACUUUUACUUCUCCUGCCUUCUCACCUGUCCCUGUAACGGGAGCAGCAGCAUCGUCAAGCGCGACACCCGCCGAAGCAGGUGGAAGUCGUGCCGCCGUCACCGGCGAGCCUAAGACCACUGAGCAUGAGCAGCGUACCACUGAAAGCACCUCAGGGCAGAGUAGCCAGGUCCCUCACCCGGCUAAGCACCACGAGGCGAGCGAGGAGGCACUCAAAGGUCCGCAGGGCCCGGCGCCCUUUUGUGCGGAGGACUUUGAGAAGGAGGCCAAGGGGAUGAAGCCCGUGAAGACGGGUGGUGGUCCGGUUCAAAAUGGGUCGUCGAAGAGUAGUGAGAAGACUUCUCAUGGGAAUGGGAAUGGGAAGCAUAGCCCACUGCAUAAGAUGAAGGAGAAGUUGAGUAAGGUUGUGCAUCCUGGUCAUGGUAGUCACAAGGCAUAA